UCACUAACGUCCCUCUAGGUCCCAGGAAACAAAACACGACCCAAAGGCUGCGCUCCGUCUUCUGUCGCCCUUAUUCUGUAUCUGGGCGAACGCAAAGCGCUCUGUGUCCUAUAAAGCGCUAUAUAAAUAAUAUUAUUAUUAUUAUUAUUAUUAUUAUUAUUACAUGAGCAGGGCCCAGCGCCCCCUCCCACCCUGCAGCUCCUAUCUUACCCCAGCGUCUGAGGACAAUAAGGCAGCCUAGCUCCUCCCACAGCCAGGGCCACGCCCCCAGCCACCUCCUGCAUUGGUGGAUUGACAUGGCCCAGCCCAGAUUUCUUGGAAAGUUCUUGGAAAUGUCUGAGCCUAGUUGUGCUGCUGUUACAGCAGGCGGCUCAGACACACACCCUGCACAACUAUAUAUAGCCCCGGCAAUACAGCAGAGCCUUGCUGCUGCUGCUGAGGAGAGGAGUAUACAGGCUGGUGCACAGGAGACCCCCCCGCCAGCACCUGACACCCAGCAGGGACACUCGGGAGCUGUCUCUCGGAGAGACCUAUGCCUUUUCGCUCUUCCUGGACGGAUAUGAUCCUGUGUGUGAGAGGUCCGCAGAGCCUCCUGGCAGAGCAGCGGGGUUGUAGACUGUCUUCCUGCGUGGGGGUCCCCGGCUUCGCAGCCACACCACAAGCCAUGCACCCCUUGGACCCUCCAGCCUGCCCGUCGCCUAACUCCCAGGAGGGGCCCGCAAGGACGGCGGACCCCCAGGUGCCUCCCACCCCUGCCCAGAACAAAGUCCGGGACCCGGAGGAAGAUCUUUUGUGCAUCGCGAAGACCUUCUGCUAUCUGCGGGAAUCUGGUUGGUACUGGGGAUCUAUAACAGCCACCGAGGCCAAACAGAAGCUUCAGAAGAUGCCGGAAGGAUCUUUCCUGGUGCGAGACAGCACCCACCCCAGCUACCUCUUCACUUUAUCCGUCCGGACGAACCGAGGACCCACCAACGUGCGCAUAGAGUAUUCCGACAGCCUUUACCGACUGGACUCUAACUGGGUGUCCAAGCCACGGAUUCUGUCCUUCCCGGACGUGGUCAGCCUGGUACAGUAUUACGUGUCAUCCUGCAACGCCGACGGCUGGAAGGAGCCCGCCGCCAAUCCCUCGCCACCUGCUCCGCCCUCCCCGAAAGAGCCGGCAGCCGUGCACCUGAAGCUGCUGCAGCCGCUACACCGGAGCGGGGAGGGCCCAAGUCUGCAGCACCUGUGCCGGUUGCAGAUAAACCGCAGCGUUGCACCGGACUCGGAUGUGACGGAACUGCCCCUGCCCCGGAGGAUGGUAGAGUACCUACAGAGGUACCCCUUUAAGCUCUGAUUGUUGCAGAGUGGGACUGUCCAUCUUCCACACAUUCUUCCCGCAUGGGUGCGCCAUGCCAUAUGUCCAACCGUGUAUAUACUCACCGUAUUUAUUAUAAUUUACUACAAACUAUUUUCUAGGGUUUUAUACUCACCCAAACAAUAAUAACGCCUGGACUCCUCUGGGCAGGAAUAGAGGCGCUCGCCCCGGCGCUCGCCCGGAUUCCCACCAUGACGGCGCUGGGCGGCUGAAUACGCUAUAACAGCGACUCAUUACCCCGGGGAUCGGACUGUGUAUUUCACAUGGAACUGGAUUUUCAGUCAAUAAGAACGAGCGACAAAAUCAGACUGAGGGCGGCGUCCAAUCAGCUUGUUCCCCAGCACCGCCGCCGGCUGAUUGCCCUCCUGAGGCGAAAGUAACACUGACAUUCUGCGGCAGAUCGACACGGCCGCUGUAGGGAUCGCAGCACUUUACUAGUUACAUACUGCAAUGAUAUUGGGGCAGACGGUCUGCCGGGUGCUGGAUAAUAAAUAGGAUUUUAUAUUAA